AAAAUUCGUCUAGACGGUUUCUCCAUAACGUCGACGCUCUGGUGGGCUGCCCCUGAUUAGACGCGUAAUUUUGCCAACUCGUUUAGGAAAUCAUUUGAUUAAGAGUCAAAACGUGUGAAGGAAAGCUGCAAUAAGUUGGGCUGUCACCUUUGUCAGAAAUAGUUGCAUAGUCAAUAAGCUUCUGCUAAGAUAUAAUCUGGCUUUCAUAAAGAAAAAUGGAGCAGUCAGAAACAGUUCUAGACAAAGAUGCAGAAAUUAGGAGAUUACUCGAGGAAAGACGUGAGGAAAGGAAACAGAAACUGCUGGUGAGAUUGGGUCGCAAUUUGAGUAAUCCUCUCAGUGUUUCAUCUUGGGAAGCACUGACGGGAACAUUGAGAAGCAAAAAAGCACCAACGAGCGCUGUCAAAUCCAAAGAACCUGUUCAAGCCCAAAUUGAAAAGGAAGUGAAACCAAAUGUUUCAUCCUGGGAUGCCUUGAGAGGAUCGUUGAAAAACAAAAAAGGAACAGUAAAGGCAACUACAGUAACCAAACCUAAUGAAGCUGUUGCUGUUAAAGUAGAAAAUGCUGCCAAAUCUGAAUCAAGACCAAUUAAAAGAACUUUAUCAUUUGGUCAGACUGCAACAAGUCUUAAAAGAACCAAUUUAGCUAAUGGAGGAGCCACACUGAAACGAGCCACAUCAUUCAAAUCCAUCCCAACCUCAGCUAAAAAGCCUGUUGCCCCUCCAGCUACUCAACUAACCAGCGUACAAAAACAGAAGCUGACAGUUCCCUGUUCUCCCAAUUUCACUAACCGUACAAAGCAACAAACAGCAGCCAUAAAGUCUGUACCUGUGGCUUCAAGCACUAAACCUGUUGCUGUAAGUAAAAGAGCACCGGUUCAAUUACCCAGGUCAUUUCAACCUGUUUCAUCAUCGUCGGAGAAAGCCCUAGACACGGCAGAAACUGUUCCUGAGGUCAUUAAGCGUAAGUCUUCAUCAUGGAUGAUACCAAUGACUCCAGAGAGGAAAGCAUCCCCUUCCAAGACUGGUCCGAAUGCCCAGCACACACCGAACGUCAAGCCUUUCAUCCGGAAGUCGUUUAGCGAGUCGAAGACUGUUUCGAACCGUUCGGUUCAAAUCAAUCGUUCCGUCAGCUCCGUUUCGAUGAUUCGACCAUCGACUACAACUCUUCCUCGUAGGAGCGUCGCUCCCAGCCUUCUAGGAAACGACAGCAGCAGGCGUUCAGUUUGGGGUGUCUCAAAAGAACCUUCUGAAAAGGAAAAGGUACAGCAUUGGUUGGAAAAGAGAGGCCGCAGCGUUGCUAGUUGUCGCCACUUGGGAUGUUUAGGUCACCAGAUCAAGGACUUCAAAGUGCCAGAGCGAAAAUCUAACAGCGUCAAGAGCAUCCGGACCGGCCGACUUGAUGUCACCGGAACCGUCGAAGGAAGUGUGUGUGCUUCCCCUAUACUACUCAAGCGCAAGUCUUCGGUGAUGAACACCACUUUUGAAAAAGAAGAUGACGAUGAACAACGCGUGUUGACACCACCACCUCAACCAGAUUUUGAAAACGAAUCAGAUGAAGCCGCAGCCCAUUCGCCGCGCAAUUCAUCAAUUUUAAACGUAACAUUUGAAAAGGAAGACGAUCAAGAGAACCAAGAUUUGCCCGCAGCUUCGCCGAUUUUGAAGGAAAACUCUGCGAUCGAUGAGGAGACGGACAACUUCCACACUCCAACGGAAAUAAACAAGAGAGAUUCAGUCUUGGAUCUCACCGAUUUGCAGGAAGGCCGCGUCGACUCGCUAAUGGAGACCAUUUCGGCCCUAUUCAACGAGCCCGUCUAUCCUGAAGCCCAAAUCGAGAGCUGGCUCAAUCAAUCAGAAGCAGCUUUCCCAGCAGUCAAGAGCACGGCUCUCUACUGGGACAUUAAAGCCCGUUUGGAAGAGCGGCGUGGCAACACUAUGGAAGCCCUUGACAUCUACAGCCAAGCCCUUGAAAACAAAACCGAGUCUUUAGAUACGAUGAAGCAGUUCUUUGACGGCUUUUUGUUGCGCAUCGGAUCAAAUAUGCCCACGGGCCAGAGAACACCGCUGCUUAAAAGUUUGGGAGUGGAGACUCCUUUGAUCCGCCAAAGCCGACGUUUGACUCCCCGCCGCCCUUUGUUGGACUCGGCUCAAGCUUUUAAUUCUACGACCAUCAAGUACGAACUGAAGCUCAAACAAGUCUUCGAUACCAUCGAUCAAAAACAACAAGAGAACAAUACUCCUAGCCUCAAGAAGAAAGCGACGAAGACCCCGAUGAAAUUCAAUACGGCUUCCAACAGAGUAUCAGUAGCCAGCGAGUGCCCAUAUCAAUUGGUCGCCACUCCAGUCAGGCGCUCAAUGAGACCCAAAAAGGGGAUGGUCACUUUAAACGAACAAGUUUUGUACGUCGGCCAACUGGAUGAACUUUCGCCUGGCACCAGAAGCAAGGCCGUUGUGCGUAAAAACAACGCCUUAACCACUGAUCUCUGAAUCUACUUAAUUGUGGAACCCAGAAUUCAAAGCAUAAUCUUCCAGUUCUGUCCCAUUUCCCAUUGUGUUUCUUUUUCAUUCUUUUUUUCCAUUGCAUUUUCGUUUUGUUUUAAGAAAAAAUUUGCAUUCUCGUCCGAAGUAGAUGUCCUGAAUUUGAUUUCAGUAUUAUUCGCCCGUGGAAAUGGUUUCAAUAAAUUUCGGUUAUACCAGU